AUGACCACUUCCCUCUCCGACUCUCUUCCGUCCUCUGUCCCAAAGCUCGACACCACUGGCUUGAACUGGGCCAUCUUCUCGGUUCAUUUUCAAGAUGCCAUCGAGGCAAAAGGCUUUUGGGGCCACUUUGAUGGUAUGACUCCUCGACCAAUGGCUAUUACCAUCACUGCUCCAGACGGAACAGUAACGAGUACGGUCACACCUGAGGAGGCGCAGUGGUUGAAAGAUGAGCGCUUGGCAAAAUCUUUGCUGACGCAGAAGAUCCCCGACUUGACGUUAAUGUGCGUCCAUUCCAAGACGACCAUCAAGGAUCGCUGGGACACCAUCGUAACCAAGUACACGGAGAAGGGUGCUUAUGCUCAGACUGAGCUUUGCACCAAGUUCCUGGAGUCGAAAUGCCCCAACAAGGGCAACAUUUGUGAGUUCCUAGGAAGCCUUCGUGUGAAGAAGGAAGAGCUUGCAAAGGUGGGCGUCGACAUCGGCAACAAGGACUACUUGUCAACAACUUGCCUCAGCAUGGAUGUUCUCCACAACCCGCACAAUCGUGGUGGCAAGUCGAAGGAAGAGGACCGUGAUGAGGCGAUGUCAGUGGUGCCAUUGUUGAAGGGAAAGGUGGAGGCAAAGAGCGGUGGAAGCAAGAGGAGGGACCAUAUUGAGUGCUGGACAUGUGGCAAGAAGGGUCACUACCAAAACAAGUGCCCAAAGGCCAACUCUAGUGAGAAGGGGAAGAAGAAGAAGGCGAACGACUCACUGAAGCAGUCCAGCAGUGUGAAUGCUGCAGAGACGGACGAUGAGGAAGAGGGAGCAUGA